GCUGAGCGAGCCGGGGGGGGGCGUGGCCCGAGGGCGCCCGCCCGCCGCCUGCCUGGGGAAGGAGCCAAACCAAGAUGGCGGCGCCUGAGGCGGCCGGACCCGGGCUGACCACCGCGGGCUGAAGCCGCGCUCGAGCCAGAGCAUGUCGGGGCCGGACGAGCGGGAGCCCGGCAGCGGGGUGGCGGCGGCCGCGGCGGCCGGCGUGGCGGCCGCGGGGCCGCUGGUGCUGGGGGAAGCGGUGGCGGCCGCGGCGGGCCCGGGCCCUGAGGAGCCAGGGGCCCCGCUCGGGGUCGGCGGGCGGGCGGGGGGCGGCGGCGGCGGCAGCCGGCAGGGCCAGCCCGAGCCCGGCGGCGACCGAGACUCGGACGCGCCGCCUAAGAAGCGGCUCAAGCUGCCCGGCGGGGCCGAGGGCGGCAGCGGCGGCGGCGGCGUGAAGCUGGAGGAGCGGCUCUACUCGGUGCUGUGUUGCACGGUGUGCCUCGACCUGCCCAAGGCCUCCGUCUACCAGUGUACAAACGGUCACUUGAUGUGUGCGGGAUGCUUCAUCCACCUGCUGGCGGAUGCCCGGCUGAAGGAGGAGCAGGCUACCUGUCCCAACUGUCGCUGCGAGAUCAGCAAGAGCCUUUGCUGCCGAAACCUGGCGGUGGAAAAAGCCGUGAGCGAACUUCCCUCAGAGUGUGGCUUCUGCAUGAGGCAGUUCCCUCGCUCUCUUCUGGAGAGACAUCAGAAAGAAGAAUGUCAGGACAGGGUGACUCAGUGCAAGUACAAGCGGAUCGGAUGCCCGUGGCAAGGCCCUUACCACGAACUCACGGUCCACGAAGCGGAGUGCACCCACCCCACCAAGACGGGGAACGAGCUAAUGGAGAUUCUGGAUGAGAUGGACCAAACGCAUAAAAGGGAAAUGCAGCUUUACAACAGCAUCUUCGGCCUGCUCAGCUUCGAGAAGAUCGGUUACACAGAGGUUCAGUUUCGUCCGUACCGGACCGAUGACUUCAUCACCCGCCUUUACUACGAAACGCCCAGGUUUACGGUGCUGAACCAGACGUGGGUCUUGAAGGCCCGGGUGAACGACUCGGAGCGCAACCCCAACCUGUCGUGUAAGCGCACCCUCUCUUUCCAGCUCAUCCUCAAGAGCAAGGUCAGCUCGCCCAUGGAGUGCUCCUUCCUGCUGCUCAAGGGACCUUACGACGACGUGAAAAUCAACCCGGUCAUCUAUCACUUCGUCUUCUCCAACGAGAACAACGAGACGGAAUACAUGCCGCUCCCCAUCAUAGACUCUGUGGAAUGUAACAAACUCCUGGCCGCCAAGAACAUCAACCUGCGUCUCUUUAUAUUCCAGAUACAGAAGUAAGCAUAUAAGCUAACCUGGGAGAGUGACCGAGAGAGAGCGAGAGAGCGAGAGAGGGGAAACAGAGCACGCACCACUGAACCAGAGUUACCUCGUACGGCUGCCUCGGCCCCGUUCCAAUUCCACAAUUAUCCGAUUAUUUUAACAAAAAGAGGACGUUUUUGCAUGUGGGGUAGGCGACAGCAGUCGCUGCCUUCUUUGACUCCCCCCAUUUCUGCCCUUCCCCACCAAAGGCGACCAGGGAGUUAGCUUGAUGCAGGGUACUGAGGAGGCCUGAAAGGGGAGGGGGUGUCUCAAGGGGAUCUACCAGUCAAUACAUUGUGAAAAGGCCGCAUAUGUCUCAUGGUUGUGUGUGAUCUCCAUGAUGGGGUGGCCCUGUUGAUGUCGGGGGGGGAGGCCUCCAGUCCGUCCAUCCUGGUGGGGUGUCCUUCGACCCAAGUAUUACGUAGCAUCUGGAAAUGCUGGGCAGAUCUCGU